AUGUCAUUAACGGAGACGAAUCAAAAUGAUCAUGAGAUCAACAUCAGCACAAAAGAAUCACCCGAUAUUGAUUUGAAUCAAGAUUUUGAAUCAAUGCCAAUAAAACAAUUAAACGAAAUUGAAGAUAAAAUUAAAAAUGAAUUUAAAAAUUUAUCAAAAAAAUAUAUCAAGAAUCGAAUAUCAAGAAUUAAUUCAAUAAUAGAUAAAUUAAAAAACUCAAUAAAAAUAACUCAAGAUAAUGAUAAAUCAUGGUUAAAAAUUUAUAAUUUUGAAAUUGAAACAAUAAAUAAUAUUUUAACAAAUACUGAAGAUUUAAUAAUGAUUAAAAAUGGAACUUUAAAAAAUAAACCUGAUUUAUUAAAUCUUGAAGAAUAUGAAGAAGAAUUAAAAGAAAUUUUUCAAAAUUUACAAAGUCCUUUUGAUUUUGAUAAUACUUUUAAAUAUGAUAAUAAUGAAAUUUAUCAAAAAUUAAAUAAUAAUAAUAAUAAUGAAAAUGAAAAUGAAAAUUUAAGUAAAAUUCCAUUUCCUUUUGCAUUUAAUGAAUGUUUUAAACCUUAUAGAGAUGAAUUAAGAAGUAUAAAUUUCUCAAAAGAUUAUGAAUCUCAAUUAAUAAAAAAUAGUUAUAAAAGUAAUUCAGUUAUAAUAUGGAAACAAUAUUAUACAAAUUUAAUAAAUUCAAAAACUGAUUUAAUGAAUCAAACAAAUCACAAAUUGACUGAACUAUAUAAAGACCAUCAUUUACUUAAUUCAACUAAAAAUCAAGUCGCAUAUAACGAUUAUUAUUAUCGAACUUUAAACUCAAUAGACUGUUUUAAAAAUGAUAAAGACUCAAAAUAUUCAUCAUCAAAUAAGAAUAAAUCAAACCAAACCCCAAAAAAUAAAAUUGAACUAUCAAUGAUACGACAAGAUAUACUAAAAAAUAACACUCUAAUAGACAUUCAAAAAUCAAUAAAAAGAACAUAUCAUGAUGCAUUUAAUACUGAAGAAAUAUCUCCAGAAAAUGAUGAAUUAGAUAAUGAUUUAAAUUUAAUACGAUCAAGUAUAGCUCAAAAAAGAUCACAUUAUUAUAAUAAUGGAAUUAAUUUGGAUGAUGAAUUUGAUGAAGAUGGAAAUUAUCAAAAUGAAGUAUUACAUUUGAAUGAUUUUACUUCAGAAUCAUCUUCAUCAUCUCCUAUAACUUCAGGUGAAGAAUUUGAAUUAAUUUCAGACGAUGAAGAAGAUAUAGAAACUCAAAAUUAUAGAUAUUUACCUAAAUCAUUACACGAAAUCUUAUAUGAAGAAUAUGAUGUUGAAGAAGAUAUGAAUGAAGAAGAAUUAAAAGAAAGGACAUUAUAUAAAGCCGUGCUACAACAAAAUAAUGAUCAAAUUGAUGAAAAAAAUAAAUUUAUUAUGCAAAAUAUACCACCACUUGAUAAAUUUUUAUCCCUAUAA